AUGUCAGAAAAUAACAACAAUAAUAAUAAUACAGGUAGCUCAAUUAAUUUUGAUGACUACAAGAUCGUGGCACAUGUUUCUUCAUCUACUGCAGGUUCGUCGAGUGGUGAUUUUCAUGUAUAUCGUAAUCUUAGAAGAAAAGAGACAUUAAGAUUAGAGGAAAUGGAAGAAUUAUCGAAAAAAGAAGCAGAGAAUGAAAAAUUUUUACAAAGAAGAGAACAAGCUAAAUUAGAGGAAGAGUUAAAGGUUAAAAAGAAAUCUGAACAAAGAAAGAAGGCAAAGCAAAGAAAAACCCACUCUGAAAUAAGAAAAAAAUUAAAAGCUCAACUAGACACAAAAAAAGAAGAAAACACUGACAAAAAAGAUAACGAUAAUGAUAACGAUAACGAUAACGAUAACGAUAACGAUAAUAACAAUAAUAAUAAUGAAAAAAAAGAUAACGAUAAAUAA